GUAGGCUGUCAGUCGCGGGCACAAUACCACGGUGGCAAGUAACAAUUUUUCGGACUAAAGUUAAAAAUCUAGUGACCACGAGUAUUUACUUGAAAAAAAGUGAAAAAGUGCGAGUUCUGUCCCGUUUAGUGGCCGAUUUAAUUGUGUUUAGUGAUUGUUUGUGUCAAUUUGCAUUCAGUCGAGCCGAUGUCGGAAUCUUGUAGCUAACGGUAUUGAAUCGUGAAGUUUUGUCUGAAAUUUAACAUACCUACCUAGAUGUUGCAGCCUCCUUUGCGUCGAAAUACCCGGAUAUAUGCCAUGCUACUUUAAUCUGAACUUUUACGAACGAUAAUACGAUAUGGCGAGAAGAUGGCUUCCGAUCGUGUUAUGGGCAGCUUUGUUUUUUCGAUCAGGAUGUCCCAAAGGACUGCCCAUAUUUAUCCAGGAUAUGGACAGCCUGCCCCUAUCGGAGAGCACUCCAGUUGGCGAGGUGGUGUACACAUUGCUGGGGAAAGACCCAGAUGGGCUACCAAUUAAAUAUGGUCUAGUGGGUACAGACAAAUUUUCUGUGAACACGAAAACUGGGGCGGUGACGCUCGUUCAGCCGUUGGACAGAGAGAAAGAAGACACGAUAAAGUUCCUAGUGGUAAUCGAGAGCUUGGAUCCAGAUGCUGCGAUCAACUUGGUGCAGACUCAGCCCGUCACCGUCAUUGUUCUUGAUGAGAAUGAUAAUCCGCCUAUAUUUAAAAAUAGUCCCUACGAAGUAGACGUGCCUGAAGACGAAGCAAUAGGCACUACAAUACUCCGGAAUAUCGAGGUGGAAGACAAGGAUUCGGUAGGAGACAGUCUAGAAGUUGGCUGUGUUUUUAAUGAACAGUGGCCAGAUGUCUGCGAUUAUUUCGAAGUAGUUAGUCUAGAGUCGACAGCCAAUAAGUACACAGGCGCUUUGGUGUUGAGGAAACAGUUGGACUAUAAUGAGAAACAGUUCUAUCAGUUUCAACUACAAGCCACGGACGGCACUCUAAACUCCACAGCACACGUAGAAAUAAAAGUGGUAGACGUCCAGAACAGUCCGCCCAUGUUUAGUGGAUCCCUAAGCGGCAGUCUGUCCGAGGAUGCAGCGGUGGGCAGCGUGGCGCUGGUCAUCCGGGCGAGGGACGCGGACAGGGCGCAGCCCAGGGACGUCAGGCUUGAGCUGAUCACCAAUCCUCUAGACUUCUUCUGGUUAGACAGCAAGACUGGAGAGUUGAAGACAGCAAAGCCGUUAGACAGGGAAGCUUUAGCCGACCCGUCCUCACCACUUAACCUUACCGUUCGAGCGAAUGAAAUAGUAAAUGGUAUGCCAGUUAUAUCAAACCUGACAUCCAGCGUCGCCACCGUCACCAUAACCAUCAGGGAUGUGAACGACGAACCUCCUCGCUUCAACAAGAGGGAAUACAGUGUGGAGAUACCCGAGAGCCUGCCAAUUGGUACUCCCUUGCCAAAUCUGGAUAUGGUGGUCACAGAUACUGAUGUGGGCUUAAACUCGGUAUUCAGUCUUCGUUUAUCAGAUGAGCUUGGAGCUUUCAUAGUGGAACCCAGUAUAGCCACCGGUAGUGCUACUGUGACGCUCAGACUGAAUUCUAGUCUGGAUUAUGAAGAUCAGAAUCAGAGGAAGUUUAUUUUAGAGGUGAUAGCGGAAGAGCUGCACACGUCGCCGCGGCUGUCGUCGAAGGCGAGCGUGACGGUGACGCUGCGGGACGUGAACGACAACGCGCCGCGCUUUGCGGAGCAGCCGUACGCGGGCAGUGCGCCCGAGGCGGCCGGCGCGGGCGCACGCGUGCUGGCCGUGCGCGCCAGCGACCGGGACACUGGACGGUUCGGUACAGAAGGCAUCGUUUACCAGUUGUCAGGCAAUGGGGCGGAUUUAUUCCACGUAGACAACAGAAGUGGGGUCAUCUCUGUGGCCCCUUGCCCCACGCCGGGAACGCCACCGUGUUUGGAUUAUGAAACUAGAAAAGACUAUUUCCUGCAAUAUAAGGCCACAGACGACGAUGGCGCUGGCCAAAUGAGUGUGGUAUCUCUCCACAUCUCUGUGACAGAUUCCAACGAUAAUCCUCCAGCUUUCCUAACGCCAGUGUACCGAGCCUCUAUUGACGAAGAUGCGCUAAAAUUCGAGCCAGAAUUACAAGUGCAAGCCCGCGACCCGGACACGACGUCCGACAUCCGCUACUCCAUCACCGACCCGCCAGACCACCCGUUCUGGAUCGACCCGGUGUCCGGCCGCAUCCUAGUCCGGCCUGAUGCUACAGUGGCUGCGGAAGAUAAUCGAAUCGUGCUUACUGUGCUUGCCACAGAUGGUAUAUACAACGCGACGUGCAAAGUUGAAAUCACUAUCCGAGACGUGAACAAUCACGCGCCAGCCUUCGACACGGAUCGGUACGAAGCUGAUAUCGCUGAAGAUGCUGCUAUUGGCACAGAAGUAGCGGUCGUGCACGCUACGGAUCUAGACAGCGGAGUGAAUUCGGAAAUCAAGUACAACAUACAGAAGGGCGCGUUGGACGCGUUCUCUAUAGAUAGUGUGUCCGGUGUGGUUAGUGUUGCCACUAAACUGGAUUAUGAUAAGAGGAAUACGUAUAGGAUACAAGUUGUGGCUACUGAUUCUGGUAUCCCGAGCCUCACCGGCACCACAGAGCUAACAGUCCACGUGAUCAACGUGAACGACAAGAAGCCCACCUUCACGCCGCCCAUCCAACGCGCGGAAGUGUCUGCCGACGCUGAACCUGGCACCAUACUGCACAGCCUAAUAGCUGUGGACCCGGAUAUUAGUGAUAACAGCCAGUUGGUGUUCGAGCUGCAGGCUGGGGCCGUGAGGGCGGUGGACAAGAAUGGGAAGGAGGUGACAAACGAAGGAACCCUGAGUUCCUGGUUCAGGGUGAUCUCAAAUGGCAGCGUGGUGGUGGCGCAGCAGCUGGACCGAGAGCUGGCCGCAGUGGUCACUCUGCCGGUUGCCGUUACUGAUGCUUCUGCGCCCAACUUGCAGAGGACUGAGGGAGAACUGAUAAUCAACAUAGUGGAUGUGAACCGGCACGCCCCAGUGUUCACGCAGCCUUCGUACCUGGAGCGCGUGCCCGAGGAGCAGCCCGUGGGCGCUGUGCUGGCCACUUACACCGCUACCGACAGCGAGACCCCCAUAGCGGCUAUCGUCAUACACCCGCCCAGCCCCUACUUCGAGAUUGAUAAUGUUACUGGCGUCGUGAAAAUAAUCAAGCGGAUCGACUAUGAAACGACCCAUUCGAUAAACUUCACGUUGGUGGCGAGCGACUCCGGGGUGCCGCAGCUGUCCGCGGCGGCCGGCGUGUACGUGCAGGUGCUCAACGUGAACGACGAGGAGCCCGUGUUCCAGCGGCCGCAGUACGCGGGCGCCGUGCGCGAGCACGCGCCCGUCGGCACCAGCGUGCUCACCGUGCACGCUGCAGAUAACGAUGAAGGAGAAUACGGCGAAGUGCGCUACUCAUUAACCGGUGAACAAUCCCCGCUCUUCACCAUCGACCCAUCAUCAGGUGUCAUCAGUGUUGGUGAUAACAUAGAUCGCGAGACAGUGCCCGAUGUGCGGCUGCGGGUUGUAGCUACUGAUAAGGCGCCUGCGCAUCUCAGCAAGAGUACAAGUGUACCGCUGCACAUAAAAAUCCUGGACAUAAACGACAACCCGCCGAUAUUCAGUCAGAAGGUCUACAAGAGUACGAUAGCCGAAAACCUUCAGCUGAACCCGCCAGCUGCCAUCUUGCAAGUGCUGGCCGAAGAUAAGGACGAAGGGGACAACGGGAGAGUGACCUACAAUAUAACUGAGCAGAGUGUACCGGGCACGUUCACGGUAGACCCGUCCACGGGUAUCAUCUACCCGUCGACGCCCGUGGUGGGCGACAGUACGUACACGUUGACCGUGACCGCGACGGACGGGGACGGUCACGGUCACGGCUCCGCGGACACCGCCCGCGUGGACAUCCACGUGCUCAGCGUGAAUCGGCACACGCCCGUGUUUGUGGCGCCGCCGCCCGACCAGAGGAGUGUGGACAUUCCUGUGAACGCAGCACAAGUAGACUAUCUAGUAACGACGAUAAAAGCAAUCGACGCGGACACAGGCGAAAAUGGCCGUGUGUCGUACUACCUUAAGGUCGAUAAUCGCAACGUGGUGGAGACACAGGAGUUCAGUCUGGAUACUAACACUGGUCAGCUGAGGACUAAGACCUUCCUGGAUCGGGAAACCCAACCUGAAUAUCAGCUAGUGAUAGCGGCGGUGGACAACGGCACGCCGGCGCAGUUCGAGAGCCUGCGCGUGCUGACGGUCGCGCUGGUGGACAACGAGGACCACGCGCCGGUCUUCCGCGACCCCGUGCACCCGUUCGCGGUCGCUGAGAACCUGCCCGCUGGCAUUAUUAUUGGAUCAGUUAAAGCGAUAGACAAAGAUACAGGUGAAAACGGUAGAAUAUUCUACCACGUGCUAGACGGUAACCAAGAUGGCGCCUUCACGCUGGAUAGAACGCAGGGGAUCAUCAGGGCUAACGUCAGUUUUGACAGAGAAAAACGCGACGAAUACUCAAUGACGAUAUACGCAAGCAACAACCCGAUACUAGAGCACGCGGCGGCCAUUUUGAAUUCCAUAGACAACGCGACGGACACUCAGGACGGCAGCGUCACCGUGGUGCGGGUCAAGAUACUCGAUGAGAACGAUAAUGCGCCCAAGUUCGAAAAGGAGCUCUAUUACGCUGGAGUGAAGCACACGGCGCGUAUCAGCGAGCCCAUAGCGUCCGUGUGGGGCGCGGACCCGGACCUCGGCGACAACGGCACGCUGCGCUACGCGGUGGCCGCCUCCAACCUGUACAAGUUCGGGGACCAGCACUCCAGCGGCAGCGUGGUGCCAUCGCCCUUCAAUAUCACGCAGGAUGGUGUACUAAUAACGGCGACCUCCAUGUUGGAGUACAACCAGGACCGUUUCGUGUUGGACAUCAUCGCGCAAGAGGAGGCGCCGCCGCACAGACAGGCGAAGGCUCAGGUUUAUGUGUGGGUGAUCGAGCGCUCCGCGCUGCUGCGGCUGGUGGUGUCGCGCGCGUGCGGCGCGGCGGCGGGGGGGCGCGCGGCGCGGCGGCUGGGCGGCGCCGCGCGCGCGCUGCUCGUGCCCGCGCGCCGCCUGCCGCUCGUGCAGCCCGACCGCCGCAUGGACGACUGGUGCGAGAUCCACCUGCACGCGGUAGACCCGACCACCUGGCAGGUGCUGCCCGUGGAGCAGGUGCUAGCGAGCAUCGACGCGAAGUACGACGAGCUGAAGGACGUCUACCAGGAGUACGGCGUCGAGACCCUGGUCGCCGCUAGUGCUGCUUCCAAAGUACCGGACAGCUUCGACCCCGCCCUGGCGACAUUAAUCGCAUUAUUGAUAGUGCUGUUCACGGGCAUCGUGACCUUCGUCGUGGUGUGCGCCUGCCUCAAGCAUUGGGUCAUCCCCCCACCGUCCCUGCAGUCGAGCAAGGGCGACAGCCUGGCGCGGCGCCGCAUCCUCGAAGAGCUCAGCACGACGGAGAACCCGCUGUGGCUGGAGGCCAAGCUGCGGCCGUAUGAGGAGCAGGAGCUCACCAUGAACGUGUUCGCCGACCAGCACGAGGCGCAGGAGCAGCCUGUGGCGGACAACACGUACGCGACGAUAGCGGGCGGGCGCGAGCGGCUCGGCGACUACGCGACGCUCGGCCGCGACUCGCCCGAACCGCUCGAGGCCGCUAUGGGCUUUCAGGGUAGCACAUUCAAACCCCCGACAGCGGACACCCCGGAACCCCCACCGCGCCCCGCGGGGUUGGGACCCCUCUAGAUUAAUUAUACUUAGCUGUUAGAGUAGAUAAUCUAUUGACAUGCGGUUUUACAAAAUGUUUAUAUUUAAAAUAGCAUAAUAUUUAUUUUAAAUGCGAUUUACAAUGUGAGUCUAAAUGUUACGGUUAAAACCACAGUUACGACGUGUUCCAACAAGGAAUGACGUAUAGUAACGGAAAAUGGGUUUUAACUGUAACAUAAAAAACAAAUAUCAUAGUUUAAUAUUACAUGACUAUAAAAUUUUUCCUCAUAUUUAUAUAUUCCCUUGUUUCCACACAUGAAUAAUGCUCGUAAAUCUUUCUCAGAAUGAAAGCUGCUUCUUUAUUUAAUAUGAUGAAAAAAUUAAAUAGAAUUUAAAUAAAAAAUUGCAUUUAUCAAAAACAUAUUAUAAGUGAUUUGAUAUAGGCAUUUUGUAGAACCUGUAUAUUUCAUACUUAUUAUAAUAAGAAGACAAACGAGUCAUUAGCUUUGAGAUGGAAAAAUCUCGAUAAGUUUUGAUAUGUAAAUAUAAUUAAAUGAAAUGCAUGCAUGUUGGCGACGUGUUAUUUCAGUUAUUCAUAGAAAUCCGCGAUAUCAAAAAUAUAUAAUAAAUAUAAA